AUGUCUCUACAAGAAGGGUAUAAGGUUUUGGAUCCUCCAUCAUUUUAUGUGCCCAUUAGAUCACCUGCAAGGAAACUUCUUGCUACUCCUACUCCGAUGGGGACUUCACUAUAUCAAAUUCCUGACGAGAAUUCAUUCAUGUCGUUAUGCUGGCUUCUCCUCCGCUCUCUCUGUUCAUCCGCUGUGCCUCCCAUUUCCACCAAGCUCAGUUUCAACUCUGAUUGUUUUGUAGUUAUAUAUCCACCUUACCUCGACAACCUUACUCUGUCACGGACUGAACUAGAUCGCUACUUGGAAGCUUCACAGAUUAGGGAAAGAGCUAUUGAAAGGACUAAUAAUGUCGUGGGAACAUACAAUGAUAUGAGGCUCCGAGUAUUUUCCAAAUACCCUGAAUUCUUCCCUGAAGAGGUGUUCAACAUCGAGUCCUUCAAAUGGUCAUUCGCCAUUCUUUUCUCCCGCAUGGUUCGGUUACCCUCAAUGAAUGGAAAGGUGGCCUUGGUUCCUUGGUCGGAUAUGUUGAAUCAUAAUUGUGAGGUGGAGACGUUUUUGGAUUAUGAUAGAUCUUCGAAGGGAAUUGUCUUUACGACAGGUCGUCCCUAUCUACCAGGUGAACAAGUGUUUAUUUCAUAUGGGAAUAAAUCAAAUGGGGAGCUUCUGUUAUCUUAUGGAUUUGUUCCAAAGGAGGGCACAAAUCCAAGCGACUCGGUUGAGCUACCGUUGUCACUCAAGAAAUCUGAUGAGUCCUAUAAGGAGAAGUUAGAACUGUUGAGGAAGUAUGGAUUAUCAGGAUCUCAGUGCUUUCCAUUAAGGGUCACUGGUUGGCCAUUGGAGUUAGUGGCUUAUGCUUAUUUAGUUGACUUGAGAUAUCCUGAAAUAGAGGAGCAGGCAUUGCAGUUCAUACUUGAUAGUUGUGAAUCUAGUAUUUCAAAAUACAAUAAGCUCUUACAGGCAAGUGGAUCGCUGGAUUUGGACGUGACUUCUCCGAAACAACUUAUCUUUAAUUAUAUUGUAUAA